AACAUCAGGGGCAAAGGCAAUGCAUCAAGCACAUGGCGUCCCCUCCCUUUUGCCCCCUUACCUGAAGCACACCAUCCUCAAUGCAUCAGUCUCCUUAUCUUGAUUCGACAGAAGUUUCUGAAUUGCUCAAAACCAGAUGGGAAAAACAACAGAAAACAGAGCAACUGAAAAAGAAGGGGGAGAGGCAAAAUCAGCGAUAUGGGAUUGUGGGAGUCUUUUGUAUGAUUCGUUCGAGUUAGUUUCUCUUAGUCAUUUGAUCGAACGGCAUCUAAUGGUGUUACCAUGUCUGAGCUCCGGCGAAGGUUCCUCGUCGUUGAACGUUUUCCGGGCCGUCCCAUUAGUCGACAUUGGCGAUUGUAGGUGUGAGAAAAAAGGGUCUUUUUUUAU